AUGGCGCGCACCGAAUACAUCACUCGAAGUACCACAGCGCAGAAGCUGCAAACUCCAAGGCGCUCCGCUGAGCCUGUCGUCGUCGACGACGAGGGAAAACAACCGAAGCUUGCGACAGCCCCCGAUGUUGACGACAAGUCGGAAUUGCUAUUCCCAGAGCCCGUUUCCACUGCUAGCUCCAAGCCAGCCGAUGAAGCUGCCUCAACGUCGACUACCCACAGCACCUCAGAAAAGCCCAUGAUGAUCAAGAAGAUCAUUCUCCAUCUUCCGCCUCCUCCCGUACUCACUGCGUUGCAGACUCUUCCUGUAGACACCAUCAUCUCCGACAUGACUGCUGCCAAUGGAGGCAUUCCACCAUGCUCAGCCGAGAUCCUCGCCGAAGCGAUCAAGUGGUUCAAGCACGCGUAUAGAACGGGCACCUCCCCACGGGUGGUCAGAAGCGCUGCGGAACGGAUUCUGGAGCAAUUGGAUGCCGUCAUCAUCGGAAAUCCAGCAUAUAGGCACAACAUCCCGCGCGGAAUGGCCUAUGAGCGCCUGGAGAUGCAAAGCAAAUUUCUUCGCGCUAUCAUCUACAUCCAUUGUGGCAUGUUGAACGACCUAGAAGUCUUUGACAUGAUCGUCGCCCGUGAUUAG